GGCGCGCGCCGCUCACGUCAUCACUGCGCGCCCCGCGACACGGAUUAGCCCGGCGGGAGGCAGGCGGAGUGCAGCGGAGGCCACCAUGCCGCGCUCUGGGGGCUCCCUGCCACCCGAGCCGGGCGCGGAGGCGGUGGGCCGGAGGCUGCGGCGGGCGGCGCAGUUCCUGGCGCGGGCGCUGUCGCUGAGCCGCGCGCACACGGUGGACUUCUACACGCGCGGGCUCUGGGCGCAGCUGGUGGCGCUGUCGCCGGACGCGGUGCUGCACGCGCUACGGAAGCCAGGCCCCCUCUGGCUGCAGCGCCCCCUGCAGGAGGCCGCCGGCGCCGCCGCUGCCGGGCCCGGGGAUGACUGCGAAUUUUCCACUGUAUUCUGUGAAAAGACUCAAAAGCUGGUCAACAUGCAGGCCUUUGUCUUGGCUGCUAAAUACCAUUCUGCACCAGACCUUGAAGUGUGUACCCCAUUAGAACAGAUGCUUGAAGCACUAAAUGGAAAGCAAGAAGGAAGAUCUGAGAUGAAAACAGAUGAAUUUAUGAAUGAUAAGAAAUCUCAUGAAGUUCAGGUGAUGUCACAGUUAGUAGACAGUAUUGCAGAUUUUUAUGGCAUCAAGCAGGUUAUUGACCUGGGUUCUGGAAAAGGCUACCUGAGUUCCUUUUUGUCCAUGCAGUAUAACCUAAAGGUUUAUGGAAUUGAUUCCUCAAGCACCAAUACUCAUGGAGCUAACGAACGGAAUAGGAAAUUGAAGAAACACUGGAGAGCCUAUCAAAGUCGGGCAAAAACAGGUGUCAAAGGCCAAGUGUUGGAAGAGGCAAAGAAAGGGCCAGUGGAGGAUGAAAUGAAAUGUAAAUCAAGUAUCAAUGAGGACCUCUUAAAUGCUAACAACCAUCUUCACGGUGAGGAUCAUCUGGCUACUUCAGCUUCAAUUUCUCUGGAAAGUGCUGGCGUUUUCACAGACUCUGCAAUGUCUAGAACUAGCAAACAAACUGAACUUCAUGGAGUGGCACAGCUACAGUCUUAUAAGAACAAACUUGCUGAAAAUGCCUUUUCUAUUAUGAACAUCCUGCCUAGUGAUGCUAUAGAAGGUACUUCUUCAUCCAAAAAUAACUACCUAGAGCUCUCUGAAGAUGAAAAAGAACAAAGAAAAAUGGCCUCCAUCAAGGCCAGAGCAAGCAAGUCAAAUGAAUCAAACAUUUAUUUUCCAUUGACCUCAUAUAUCACUGCGGGAACAGAACUCUCUGACAUCAUUACAGAUCUAGAGGACUGCAUAAUGGUGGGUCUACAUACAUGUGGAGAUCUUGCUUCAAAUACACUGCGAAUUUUUACUGCUACGCCUGAAAUCAAGGCAGUUUGUAGUGUGGGCUGCUGCUACCAUCUGUUGUCAGAACAGUAUGAAAACCAAAAAGAUUGCACGGUGGAAACAUGGGGGUUUCCCAUGUGCCAGUAUUUAAAGGAAGAGCACUGGUGCUGUGGUCGCAAUGCUAGAAUGUCAGCAUGCUUGGCUUUGGAACGAGUUGCAGUUGGCCAAAUGCUGCCUACAGAAUCUUUGUUUUAUCGAGCUGUUCUACAGGUUAUUAUAGAAGAAUGUUAUGGUGUCACCAAAAGCGAUCAUCAUGUUGGGAAAAUUUUCUCCAAAUCUUCCUCCUUCCUGGAUUAUGUCAGAAAGUCUCUGAAGAAGCUUGAACUGGAUGAGUCAAAGCUCCCAGACAGCCGUAUAAUGGAUUACUAUGAAAAAUACAGGCCUAGAAUGAAUGAGCUGGAAGCAUUUAAUAUGUUGAAAGUUGUUCUGGCUCCCUGUAUAGAAAUGUUGAUACUCCUGGAUCGUCUUUGCUACCUCAAAGAGCAGGACAACAUUGCCUGGUCUGGACUGGUGAAGCUAUUUGAUCCUGUGAAAUCCCCCAGAUGCUAUGCAGUUAUUGCUCUGAAGAAACAGCAGUGAUUUAAAGUUGAAGCAAAUUGUAGAUAGGUUUAAAGCUGCCAACUUGAUAUCAUUACUACCUUUUAACCUCACUUUUAUCAUUUUAAGUUAUUAUCCGAGUACCAGGGUACUGUAUAUUCCACAGUUGUUUUGUUUUUACCUGAAAAAAUAAAGCAUUGAAUGCAUAUAUGAAUUAUUUGGAAAUAUAUCAAAAGCAAAGCCGUAUCAAAGAUAUUUUAAAUGUCACUAUUACUUUACUAAGAUACAGUUAAGAAUUAAUUUUCACAGAAAAAAAUAGGGAUAUAUAUCCUACAAUUAAAUUUCUUUUAGCAAAAUUGA